AAUUGCUCAGUCCAUUCAGCAGAUACAGCCGAGCAUUGGCCCGCGCGCCUCACGUGCACGCUGCGGUGGGAGGGUUCGCGGCGCAGAUCCGACUCCGAGAUAACCCCCCGUGCGCGCGGCACAAGUGCUGAAAGCGUCGCAGCUACGUAGCGGCUAAUGAUUGGCACGCCUGACAGUGAUUGGCAGGGCUGCCAUGACAACGGCACAACGACACCGAGAAGACCAAUAGAAAAGGGAAACAAAAUGUUUCAAUGCUACACUCAACGGCGGAUUUAGGGGGAGAUAUUAUGAGGCUGGUGUCAUUAGGCGAUAGCCAUUGAAUCAUUCAAUCUUUUUCACCUGCCGUAUUUUCCCCGCUUUUCUCCAUAAUUUUCUUUCUCUCUCAGGUCAUUCCAUGGUGUUCAGAUCUCCUUUAGAGCUUUAUCCCUCCCAUUUCUUCCUGCCCAACUUCGCUGAUCGCCCUCUGCUCCUGGCGAACAGCGCUCCCUCCGCCAGGGCUCCAGAAGACUUGUCCAUGUUUCAGCUACCGACCCUCAACUUCUCCCCGGAGCAGGUGGCGAGCGUCUGCGAGACGCUGGAGGAGACCGGGGACAUCGAACGGCUGGGCCGCUUCCUCUGGUCCCUGCCGGUGGCUCCGGGAGCCUGCGAGGCGAUCAACAAGCACGAGUCCAUACUGCGCGCCCGCGCCGUGGUGGCGUUCCACACAGGGAAUUUCAGAGACCUCUACCACAUCCUGGAGAACCACAAGUUCACCAAGGAGUCCCACGGCAAACUGCAGGCCAUGUGGCUGGAAGCGCACUACCAGGAGGCCGAGAAGCUGCGCGGCCGCCCCCUCGGACCCGUAGACAAGUACCGGGUGCGGAAGAAGUUUCCGCUGCCUCGAACCAUCUGGGACGGCGAGCAGAAGACGCACUGUUUCAAGGAGCGGACGCGGAGCCUGCUGAGGGAAUGGUACCUGCAGGACCCGUACCCGAACCCCAGCAAGAAAAGGGAACUGGCUCAGGCCACUGGACUCACUCCCACACAGGUCGGAAACUGGUUUAAAAACCGACGACAACGAGACAGAGCCGCUGCAGCAAAGAACAGGUUGCACCAAGCAAUAGGCGCAGCCGGCAUGAGGUCGCUGUCAGAGGCCGGCCUCACUCCUCACAGCUCGGCGGAGUCUCCGUCCACGGCGGCCAGUCCCACCACCAGCGUGUCCAGUAUGACAGAGAGAGUGGACACGGGCACGUCCAUCCUGUCGGUCACAUCCAGCGACUCGGAGUGUGACGUAUGAUAGGAAGAGAAGAAACAAACACUGGUUUCAGAAGAAGAAGAAGAAGAAAAAAGAGAGAAUUAUUUACAGGGAACAUGGACCCGAACGAAGGACACUAACGGGACUGAUGACAGCGGGACCGACUGACACAAAUAUUCCAAUAAAAAAGAGAUAAAAGCACGACAUUUUAAUUAUUAUUAUUAUUAUUAUUAUUAUUAUUAUUGUUAUUAUUAUUCGAAAGCGCUUUGAACGGACCCCUCCUCUCCGAGACCCACGUCAUCACCACUGCUACAGACUUUGCGUGAGUUCUUUUUUUAUUUUUUAUUUUUUAUUAUUAUUUGUGUUCCUCCAUCGACAUCAACAUCCGACAGAAGGAAUAACACGUGAUGAAGGUGACGAAGAAGAUGCAAACCUUAUUUGUUUUUUGUUUUUUUGUUUUUUUUUCUUUUCUUUUCUUUUGUGUUCAUCAGACAAUCAUUUUUCAGUGACAUAUAUAAAUAUAUAUAAAUAUAAAUAUAAAGCACCUUUUUUGAGUCCACUCCUGUCACACUGGGGCUACAUGGUCAAAGAAAAAAAAAGGAAAAGAAAGAAAAAAAAUGUCGGAAUGGUUUCUGACUGUAUCAGAUUUUUAUUUUUUAUUUUCAAAUUUUUAUAUUGAAUUAUGUAUAUCUCCAGAAAAACGCGAUCGCUCUCCACUGUGUAAUAUAGCUGUAGAAAGAUUUGCUUGUAUAUAAUUAUUGCUCUCCUCCUCCUCUCCUCCUCCUCCUUCUCUCCUUCUUUUCUCUCUCCUCACUUUUCUUGAUGUUCCUUCAUAAAAGAUUUGUCCAAACCGACACUGAAGUGAUUUACGGCCGUCUUUAGUGUCGCAGUGGCGCUGAUGUUUUUACAGAAUGAAGUUGGACCUUUCUCUAAUUUAUUAAUAUCGUCUGUCCUCCCCCCGUCCCCCUCCUCACCCCUCGGCCCCUCCACUCACUUUCUCCCAACGCUCCCCUUGUUUGAACAGCGUUGGUUGUUUUUGUUCAUGUAGCAUUUCUGAAUCAAAUACAGAAUUCAUUCUUGUUUCCA